AUGCGGCCGUUCAGCAUCCCCAUUCAAAUUACACUCCAGGGCAGCCGGAGGCACCAGGGGAGGACAGCCCUUGCUACCUCAAGGAGGAGGAGAUACAGAGAUCACAGCCAUAGAGACCCUCCAGAUGUGCCCAAGAAGCUGCCGUUCAGUGCUGGGGAGGACUGAGCCAUGUUGCUGGGGUUUGCAAUGAUGGGCUUCUCAGCUAUGUUCUUCUUGCUUGGAACAACCACUCUGAAGCCUUUCAUGCUCAGCAUGCAGAGAGAAGAAGUGAAUUGUACCACUAUCCACACACAUAUCAUGGAGGACUGGCUGAACUGUGCUUUCACCUGUGGUGUGGACUGCCAUGGGCAGGGCAAGUACCUGUGUCUUCAGGUGUUUGUGAACCUCACUCAUUCAGGUCAGAAGGCUCUCCUACAUUAUAAUGAAGAGGCUGUCCAGAUAAACUCCAAGUGCUUUUAUACACCCAAGUGCCACCAAGAUAGGAAUGAUUUGCUCAACAGUGCUCUGGACGUAAAGGAAUUCUUCGAUCACAAAAAUGGAACUCCUUUUGUGUGUUUCUACAAUCCAGACAGCCAGUCUGAAGAUGUCAUUCUCAUAAGAAAGCCUGACCAAAUGGUUGUCUUCCACUGUUUAUUUUGGCCUUCACUGACUCUGCUUGGUGGUGCCCUGAUUGUUGGGAUGGUGAGAUUAACACAGCACCUGUCCCGACUGUGUGAAAAAUACAGCACUGCAGAGAGGAGGGAGGUGGUAGAGCCCCCGUUUGCAAGACACCACCAAUUCAGACUGUAUGGGAUAUGGGGAAGAGCAAAGGAAGGAGCACAGAGAGCUUAAAAUGGUGACCAAACUAAAGCACUGGCCUUCAGACACUGCAGUUUAAGACUUAGUUAUGCUUGUUUGCAAGCUAACCAUGUAAAGGGUUAAGUAUCAUUUUCAUGUGGAGAAACACUUUUA